GCGAAUUACAAACAACCACAAACAACAUCAUCAUUCGAAUAAGACAAUCAAGGCCAAGGGCAACCACGUGAUGAAACAUCAUUUGGAUAUGAAGAUCAAGACCAAGGACAGCCACGUGUCGAAAACAAUACAAUUAAAACAGAAUCAAACAGAGUAUAUAAAGGCUCCGUUUCACCACCAACGGCAGACGUGUCCAGCUAUCAGACCAAGCCCUUCUGAGUUUCGUCUUCGAUAUUGUUAGCGCGCAAAUUUAUAAUUUAUAUCUGUGUCUGUAUUUGUAUCUGUAUUUAUUAAAGUGUUUACAAGUGUUUAAAUUAAUCAUUGAAUCAAUUUACCCUGAUCCAUCAACAUCAUUACGAUAGGUACCUGUUUUUAUUGGGUACCACGUAACAGUGUAUACAGGGCCAUAUUAAUGUAUAGGCAUUAUAGGCACUGUGCCUAGGCAUUACGAACAUAUUUGAGCUUGCAAAAAUAUGUGGGUAAAAUAUUACGUAUAAACAUUGUAACCAUGUACGACACAUAAAGUGUCUACAUAGGCAACUGCACCAUAUAUGCCACAAUACUUCCGCCACUAAUCUUUAAAGUUUACGGCGCACCCCUCAUUUGAACAUCAACCUCAUUUGUGCUCGUGGUAAAUGGCGCUAAUCGUCUCCACCCGAUUGCAGAGUUCCGCAUUAUAACUAGUAGAUGGGGUAGAUGUAUCAUAUAUAAGAGAGCUAAUUUCACUCAAAGGAAACAUACUGUUCUUCAAGCUCUUGAAAACCGUAUAUUGAGACAUGUAAAAUCUCACGAACAAAUUAAAUUUACUUGUGGUGAAUGCGUGGAAAUUUUCAAUCGUCGUGAUUACCUUGUAAAUCACGUGUUGAAAAAACAUGGUUUUGUUAAAUAUGGUACUGAAUAUAAUUCGGUUAUGGGUAUUGUGGCCGGACAGUAGCAGCAGUAGCAGCAGCAGCAGUCAUUAAGUUCGGGUGUCAUAGAUAGUGUAGCGUCCACGUCAAAUGUGAAUCAUAUAAUUCCACUGCAAACCCACACACCUCCAGCUCCGUCAGUUAAACGCACUAAAAUCAACUCAGCGAGUAACAUUGUAAAGUUUAAAAAAGCCCGCAUUGGUAUGGUUAAUACGUCGGGUUUUUUCCAACUCGACUUUUGGUUUGAUAGGACUGUAGUAUGGUAUUAUAGGGGGAAUACCGAGAACUGCGUGAGUUAUCCGACGUUUUUAGACUUGAUAAAACUCGAGUUGAUUGAAAGAAUCAAUUAUUGCUUGCGUGUUAACCCUAUAAAAUAUAAUUUGAAGUUGGAGGCUGUAUAUGUGCAUAGGGAAUUACCAGCCGAGGAUAGAGCUUUUAAAACCGUGACAAGAGAAGUGUACAUCCACAGUGACGUGAGUAUUAUGGUCGAUGAGGACUUUGCGAUACUCAUGUCGGAGGAAGAUAGGUAUAUUAAAAAGGGGUCGGGCUUCGCCCUAUCCAGUAUCGAUGGCUUACUGUUAGGUGUCUAUGAACAUAUCCCUCUUGGUGGGUCUUCGUAUAUUCCACUCCUGGAAAACAUCACGGAAAAAAAGCCUUCAUUAAUCCUAUAAAUAUUGACAAUUAUUGUUUCAAGUGGGCUAUUCUGGCUAAACACGUUCUAGUAGGCAACCAUAAUCGAGUAGGUCAAAAUUACUAUAAUGAAAAGCGAUUUUUCAGAUCUGUCCUCACCGACACCUUUUUCAGAAAUCCAUAUAUUUGAACGACAGAAUAAGGGUGUGUCGGUAAACGUAUAUGGGCUGAAACCCAGUAAGGGGUUAAAGGUGGGUAAGGAUGAUAAGGAGAGGAAGUAUGGUAAGGGGGAAAAAGUAGGUAAGACGAGUGUAGUGUACUCGAUCAGAUUUGUGGAGAACGAUAAAGCGGAACAUUUCGGCCUUCUCGUGAUUGAAGGCUCGGAACGGAUGCACUUUACCUACAUUUCUAAUUUUUCACGUUUGGUACGAAGCCAAAAAACCUUUCACGAAAGUAAGCUUUUUAUAUGCAAAAGAUGUUUCACUUCAUUCGAUGAGCGGGUCAAAAAAAAAAAUAAAUUCUGUGGUAAUGAGGCUCUCCAACAACACAUGAGGCUAUGCGGACCAAAUAAACCGAUUUUACCAGGAAUGCCGGUGGAGGGGGAAGUGUUCAGGUUUAACGGGUGGGCUAACAUGCAGCGUUAUCCGUUUGUGAUAUACGAUGAUUUUGAAGCUCUGCUCGAAAAACAGGCGGAGCGGGUGGGAGCGAGUACUGACGGGAUACAUGUACAUCAUCCAAUGAGCUACGGGUACUUUGUCAAGGCGUCGGUAGAUGUACCCGUAGAAUUGUUGGAUAAAUAUGACAUACCGCAGAUGCCUGUCGUAUAUCGAGGGUCGGAUUCGCGUAAAGAGGUGGCCAAACACUUUAUCGCCAGUGUGACCGCGCUCGCUACCAGGUUGUAUGGUCUACUGAAGGCGACUAAUGUGCCGAUUUUGAUGAGUGUGGAUGAAAUACGUGUGCAUAACGCGAAAAGUGUAUGCGAUAUGUGUAAAUUAGCGUUCACCGAGUCCGUUUGCAAAGUCGCCGACCACUGCUAUCUGUCGGGACGGUUGAGACAUACGCUCUGCUCGCCGUGCAACCUUAAACUCGUCACACCCAAGUUUGUACCGUGCUUCCUUAACAACCUUCUGAAAUAUGACGCGCAUUUUAUCGUAACCAACCUCUGUUACGAUAAGGAGCCAAUAAAGGUGAUCCCGAACACUAAGGAGAACUAUAUCUCGUUCUCUAAACGCGUCAAACCCAAUUUUAGCGUGAGGUUCUUGAACUCGUGUCGAUUUAUGGCCUCGAGCCUUGCCGAGUUGGCCGGGAACCUCCUUAGGAACCCCGAUGACUUUGAUAAAUUUCGGGAGACCACCAAAGAGUUCCAGCCCACCGACAUGCCUCUCGUCAUGCAAAAGGAUGUGUUUUCGUACGAGUAUUCUGUAUUCUGAUAAAUGGUCGAGAUUCGAGGAGACCGUCAUGCCACCGAAACGUUAGUUUUACAGUAUGUUAUACGAGAAGCACGUUAGUGAUGAGGACUAUGUGCACGCGAUUGAGGUGUGGAGCCAUUUCAACUGCGCUACCCUCAGCGACUACAGCGACCUAUACCUAAAGGUGGACGUUCUACUUCUGACCGACGUGAUGGAGAAUUUCCGAGACCUCUGCAUGUCCACGUACAACCUUAACCUCGUGUAUUAUUAUACAACACCGGGGUUUACGUUCGACGCUAUGCUAAGGUAUACGGGCGUUUCACUGGAAUUACUAACGGAUUACGAUAUGGUGUUAUUCGUGGAACAAGGUAUCAGAGGGGGGGAGGGUUGGUUCAGGUAAGUGAGCGAUACUGUCGGGCCAACUACCCGAAAACACCGGGGUACAAUGCCACGAAGCCUCCGUCAUGGCUCGUCUAUCAGGGCUGUAAAUAUACGCCAUUUAUUCAAAUACUUAUAUUACUAACUUUGAACCAUUCCGAGUAACAACUUGUACGGGUACGCCAUGGAGAAAUACAUGCCUUACGGGAGGGUUCAGGUGGUACGAGGGGGAUUUGAAUCGCUCCUGGAGUUGCUGAACGGUAUGACCGAAAAAUCCGACAUUGGGCAUAUCUACGAGGUCGAUAUCACUUAACCCGACAACCUACAUGACGCGCAUAAUGAUCUGCUUUUCCUAUCCCGGAAUGCCAUACCACCGGGCUCGAAAUUUAAUAAAUUAUCGGCCACGUUGGAGCGGAAAGAGCGAUAUAUUGUGCACUAUCGAAAUUUAAAGCAAGCUAUUGCUAAUGAACUGAUAGUGGAAAAAGUAAUAUAAAUAAUACAUGUUUUUACCUGAAUUGAAUCACGUGAAAAGUUUGCUGUCUAUAUACAUAUUAACUGCGGUAUCGAUAAAUUAUAGGUUCACAGGGUAUUGGAAUUCCGACAAUCAGCUUGGCUUGCUAAAUAUAUAAAUUUAAAUACCGAGAUGAGAAAGAAGGCCGGCAAUGAAUUCGAACGUGAUUUUUUCAAACUACUUAAUAACGCGGUGUUCGGGAAAACUAUGGAAUGCGUUCGAAAUCGUAUUUCCAUGGAAUUAGUUUCGUGUACACCUCGAAUGCGGAAACUAAUCAACAGGCUCGCGUUCAAACACGUAACCUCGUACAAUGAGAAUCUGGCAGCCGUAUCCUUGCAAAAGAGCGACGUGCAUUUCUCCAAGCCUAUUUAUAUAGGAUUCGCCGUUCUGGAAAUAAGCAAGGAGUUAAUGUACGACUAUCAUUACAAUGUGAUGCGGCGGCAUUAUAACGACUCGAUUAGACUGAUGUACAUGGAUACAAGUCAGUCUGCGGUAUAGUAAAUAUUAUUUAUACUCAUAUACUCAUUUAUCUAACGUAUAACGAGUGAAGACAGACGAUUUCUACAAAGACCUGGUGGACAACCCCGACCUCCUCGAACGGAUGGACACCUCGACAAAAAUUCGAGGUCCAAACAAAAACAAAACAAAAUUCGAGGUCGAAGUUAUUAGACGAUACUUAAUUAAACUAUGGAAAUAAUGAAUAUGAUUACAUCACUAGAGAAAAUCGAAGUGCAGAAAUAGAAGAGAUGCACAUUUUCUUGGGCUUAAAUAUCCAUGGUUUCAAUGUAUUCGACAAUAGUGUACAGUAAUCGUCUUCAGUGAACAGUUCUCUAGUCGCUUACUAUACUCUAAAACGUAUCCCUUGUAACGGUACGCACCACAGAAAACGGUCCUUUUCAGGAUCAACAAACCAUACGUAUAACCCGCCCCUGGUCGUCGGUGAACAGACAACCACACACAUACCAACGAUCGCAACACAUACGUGAACGGAAACUAUGCGGGAGAUCCAUAGCGGGCAACAGCCGACGAUGUAAUGAUAAACAACAAACAGAGAGAAGGGAAAACCACGAAAAACCACGAUGAGAGUCGCAACCCACAGUUGGCUACAAGCGACGAUCAAAAUAACAAAGAAAAACAACACGAAGCCGUAUAAAUCCACACGGACCCGGUGUGGAUCUACACGGUGAGAAUGGACUAUACUCGUCGGAUAGGAAUACGCCCGCGAGGUAUAUAUACGGUGUUGUCUCCGCGCAGACGUCAGUGAAUAAACAAUACAGCGACGCACUCCGAACGUAGCACCAUGGGCGGCCGUAGAGCCAAAAGGAAACGGACUCCUCCAAUCACGGAACCCAAAAAAUUCCGCAAUGGAAGCCUUCCACCGCCACCUAAUGAACAAACCAACAAGAACGGACGACAGUGUUUAGCUAAUAUUUCUCCUUUUCGGGAUGAAAAAUCUUUAUCAGGUGAGUCUUAUUAUUCUGAUACUACUUCUAUAUCAUCCUCAUCCUUAAACCGAAACAUAAAUCUAACUUCUUCAUCCGCUGUACCCAAAGUCAUAAUCCCUGAAGGAUCUACCAAAUCUACUUCAAAACCUGCUUUCCGUAUUCCACCAAUAUUUGUGAAUCAAUCCUCAGAUUGGUGCAAAGUUGCUCCAAUCAUAUUUAGUAAUUCAUCCCUUUCACCAGAAGCCAUUUCUGCUCAAGUAACCUACGACGGUUCAAUUAUCAUUAAAACUCAUGAAAUCAGUCAUUAUAGAUUAAUUCAAAAAAUAUAAUUAGAAUAAAACAUCGAAUUUAAAACCUUUCAGCGACCUUUCAUCUAAACGAAUUUAUGAAAUGACUGACUUAUUUUAUAUUAAAAUCUCUGUCGAGACUUACAAAAAAUCGGGUCCUUCUCAAUGUUUUGCAUGUCAACGUACUGGCCACGGCUCCUAAAAUUGUACUCACCCACUUAGAUGUGUUAAAUGCUCAGGAAAUCGUAAAGCCAGCCUAUGCCCUAAAACCAUUGACCAAAAGCCAACGUGUUGCAACUGUGGUGGUAACCAUACGGCAAAUUACCGCGGUUAUCCGUACCUCGCCCAAGCCAAAAAAAAUAAAAAUCCAAAGCUAGAAAAAAUUCCUCAGCCAAACCACACAUCCCCUACAGAGCAAUCAAAUCAUUCACAAAAAGUAGAUACCACUAAAAAGGAUUAUGCCUUCGCAACUAAGCCAAAGAAAUCCUUAAAUAAUGAACAGGUAAUCGAACUUUUAACUGAUCUCAUUUCAGUCUUGUCUACAUUGGAUGAUCCCAAAUCCAUGUUAAUGUCCACUAUAAAAUCCUUCAUCACCCUAUUUACAAACCAACAAUGAUUUCAAAUUUAAAAAAUUGUACAUUGGAACGCAAAUGGCAUUACAAAAAUAAUUAACGAACUUCGUGCAUUUACUUACACUAACAAACCCGAUAUCAUUCUACUUAAUGAAACUCAUCUCAAACCUAAUUUAAGCCUCAAGAUCCCUAAUUUCAUCACAUAUAGGAAUGACCUACCGCCAAUCCGUGGCUCUCCAGCCCAUGGCGGUACAGCUAUCUUAGUUCAUCGCAAAAUAGUCCACUAACCAAUCAACAUAAAUACUGUACUUCAAUCUACAUCUAUAUUAAUAAAAAUCAAUAACAAAACUACCCUCAUCUCUUCAGUCUACAAGCCUCCGUCAUCAACCCUAAAUACAUUUGACCUCGACUUUCUCAUCAAUGGUGCAGAUAAUAUUAUUAUAGCAGGAGACUUAAACUCUAAACACCCACUCUGGAGUAGCUCAAGGACAAACGCCGCUGGGCUAAUACUCUAUAACCACCUUCUGCAAAAUGACUACUCAAUCAUCGCUCCUGACACCCCUACACACUUUCCAAGCUCCAAAAAAUACAGACCUGACGUAUUAGAUAUUGCUAUUGUUCGCACCCAUCUUAUAGUACACAUCACAAACUUAAUCGAGCUAUCUUCUGAUCACAAUCCAAUACUACUUGAAUUCACUGAUUCUCCUAUCACAGACUCUCCUCCAACUUCAAACACCCAAAUCAAUUGGAAAAAAUUUUAUCACACACUAAAUGCAGAAAAAUCUAAUAAGGGCCUUCUUACAAACACUACUCAAAACAUUGACAAUAGCAUUCAAUCAUUCACAAAUUCCAUACACUCAGCUCUUGACAAUAGCUCAUAUAUUCGCAACAAAAACAAUAGCCACCCAGUAAUUCCCCCAGAAAUUCAACAAGAAAUAAACGCUAAAAACCGAAUCCGCCGUGAGUGGCAAGAAACCCGUGACCCCCUGAUCAAAAAAUCUCUAAAUGCUAAAAUCAGCCUCAUAAGGUUAAUGCUUCAGACCCACAGAAAUGAUGAAUGGGACAAUUAUCUAUUUUCCCUGAACCACAACGAUAACUUAAUAUACAAAUUAAAUAGAUGUCUAUUAAAAAAAAGACCAGCCACCCACCCACUACUUGGACCAAAUGGUCUAUCCUACUCUGCGGAGGAAAAAACGGAGAUUAUUGCAGAUUCCAUGGAACGUCAAUUCUCUACUUUUCAAGGUCCAAACCUCCCAGAAGUAACUGAGAACAUUACGACAAUCAGAGGCUCUGUGCUAAAUAAACCCAACCUCUUCACCACUCCAGGAUCAAUCCAAAAACUUAUAUUCAAGUUAGCAAAGAAUAAAGCCCCUGGAAGAGACCAAAUCACUAUUAUGUUAAAUUAUUUUAUAUAUUUUUGUUCAUACUACAAACACAGAAACAAGACAAAAUUUCUAACGUUUACGAAUGUUGUGGCAGCUGGAAGUUUGAAGGUACUUUAAGUUGGUAGUACUCCUUACAAUAUUAUACAUUUUAAUUUCUAUUAUUAUGAAAUGUCUAGAUUUAUAAUUAUUUUUGGUUAUUUGUUAUUAUUAUUUGUUUAUUGUUGCGCUUACUAAUGAGUACCUAAUGACUGCUGUAAACUAGGUAGAGUCUGUGAUUGCUUUUUGAAUUAGUUUAACAUUUAUUCACAAAAUGGAUAAAUAUAUUAUAAAUAAGGCAAGUUCAAGUAAACGGACAAUUCAGGAGGUAGAUGAUGAUACUGCAGAUGACGUGGUUUCCCAUCAAAAUAUGGAAACAUCCUCGGAAACGACGGAAACAUCAGAGCAUACGUCACAUGAAACAGUAGAAACUUUACAAAAAUCGUAUUUAUUUAAUGGGCAAUUCUUUUCUAUUGUACAUUGUGGCGGAAUUAAGUUAGUAGCACAAUGUAAAAACUGCUCAAAAGUAAUUCUUUUAAAUAAAAGUUUUAUUAUUGUUUCUACCUUAAAAAUAAGACUUGAUUUGUAGUAGAUAGUAGUAAGUUACUAGCUGUAAUUUAUUAUUCUACGCUUAUAUAGAACAAUUAAUAUUAAUACCUAUUUUAUAUUUAUUAUUC